UCCCCUCCACGAUGGAGGCCGAGUACUUAACGACCGUGCUUGACAACAACGCCGAUUUGAUGCCAUUUUGGAGGUGAGGCGGGGGUGAUUUUGAAUGCUCCAAGGAUUUCAUGACUCUGGUUUCCACGCCGAGAAGCCACUCCUCGUGCUGCCCUCCUGCCUCCUCGCCCCGUUCGUCUCCGCCGUCCCCAUGCCAAGAAGCCUGCGCCUGGGGAGCCACCAGCAGCACCCGCCGGCUCUGAAGCUCAGUUCCUCUCAGGAGACGACGGCGAUCGCGGCGGCGAUGAACACGGGCAGGCCGACGGCGAGGAUGGACGUGGAGGUGAACGAGUACCAACAGUCGGGCCCCAACAACCGCCACGAUCCACCCAUUCUUGGCCAUUUCCUUGUUCAAAGGAUCUACGCCCUCGCGACAUGCUUGGAGGUUUCAGACUUCCAGGUGCUUACUGAUAUUUCACGACGCACCCAGUAG